AUGAGUGCAGUAAACCCAUCAUUAUUACCAAAAAUAAAAGAUGUUGUCCUCGGGGACACGAUUGGACAGGGAUCAUUUGGUUGUGUAAUGAAUGCACAUCUUGCAGUGGAUCCCAGUGUCAUUAUAGCUGUUAAAUACGUUCAUAUUCCCACCUGUAAAAAAAAUGGAUUGACAGAAAAGGAUAUUUCCAGGGAGGUUCUUCUACACUCCAGGUGUUCAAAAAAUCCUAAUGUGCUGAGAUUAAUUGAUUGCAAUAUUGCUAAAGAUUACAUGUGGAUGAUUAUGGAGAUGGCCGAUGGUGGUGAUUUGUUCGAUAAAAUUGAACCUGAUGUUGGAGUGGAUUCUGAGGUUGCCCAGUUUUACUUUCAGCAACUUGUAAGAGCCAUUUCUUACUUACAUGAAGAAUGUGGCGUAGCUCAUCGCGAUAUCAAACCUGAAAAUAUUCUAUUAGAUAAGAAUGGUAAUUUGAAACUAGCAGACUUUGGGUUAUCAUCACAAUAUAGGAGAAAGGAUGGGACACUGCGAAUAUCAACAGAUCAAAGAGGAUCUCCGCCCUAUAUGGCCCCAGAAAUAUUGCAUUCCAGAGGUUAUUACGCCCAUUCUACAGAUAUUUGGUCUAUCGGCAUACUAUUAUUUGUUCUAUUGACUGGAGAGACCCCUUGGGAAUUACCUGUCAUUGAAGAACUAAACUUUGCAUCAUUUUUACAAAAUAAUGGAAAUUUGAAUUUAGGUCCCUGGGCAAAGAUUGAAUUCUUUCAUUUAAACCUACUUCGAAAGAUUCUUCAACCGGACCCAAAGAAAAGAGCCACCUUGAAAAUACUGAGGUCUCACCCAUGGUUUACUAAAAAAGUGAGGUUUGCUAACGCUAAUGGGUUAUGUCGAGACCCGGGACUUUUAGCUAAAAAGCUUCUUUCGAAUUUACGUGUGUCAUUAAGUAAUGAAGCAUACGAGAGAUAUACGCAGGAUGUAAACUAUAAAAAGGAAGAUUAUUCAAUAUUUAGAUCAACACAGCCAGUAACUAGUGAUUUGGCUCAGAUUGAACAUGAUUCCAUGAAUGUGAAUGCUCUAACGAACACACAAGUCGCAUUUACGCAGUUUGCUACAGACAACAAGGCAGAUACAUUUAUGACCCAGGAAGCAAGGUGGACUCAGUUUAUAAGCCAUGACGUUGCCGCUUUGCAAUUUUGUGAUAAUAAUUCUGCAUUGAUAACACCAACUCCACAAUUACGUUUUAAUCCUAAUAAACUGACCAAGUUUUACAGCUUGGAAAAUUUUGAGACAAUACUUCCAAUAUUAGAGAAGUCGUUGUAUUUUUCCGGGAUUAAAGUAAGACCUGAUUUAUAUGGAAACUUCAUUGCUAUAACUGAUAAAUUGGGAUAUGAGAACGCGUUUCCUUUGGUAAUUACUCUAAAGACACAGGAUCGUAGAGGGGGUCUUUUAACAGGAUCAUUAUCGAUCAUCAACGUGGACGAUGAUUUGAAAAGUAUUAGUUUUGAACGAAAAUCAGGAGAUCCCUUAGAAUGGAGAAGAAUCUUCAAGAAGAUGGCAUUAUUUUGUAGAGAUAUUAUUCUUGUUCCCAACUGA